AUGCAAACUUCUGCUUAAUAAAUUCAAUUAAAACAUAUUUUUGGCAUAAGCUCUUCAACAAUAUAAAUAAAUGUUUAAUUCCAAGAUAACAUUCAUAUAAUAUACUAAGCCGGCAACAACAUAGUCCUUUACGAUUUAACCGACAAAUCUUAAAAAUUCUACUAAUCACUUCUAACAUAUAAUCAAAUAACUUGUUUUUCUAUAAGCCCUUUAAAACGUUAUUUAGCUCUAGGUGUAUAAUAAGAAUCUCUAGGCCAUACUGGUAUAUUAAUAUACGAUACAUUAACUUAGAAAUUAAUAAAGUAAUUAAAUAAUACCGAAUUAGAUAACAUAAAUAUUAAAUAAUGGACCAAUAUAGUCUUUCCAACGUAAGGAUAGGAGAGAAAAUACUUAAUUUCGACCAGUGGAGGUGGGGGUGAUGCAAUUUUAAGUUGGUGGAACCACGAUAAAAUGUAAUGUGUUCAGUACAUAAACUUAGGAAUUUAACAAGAAAUAUAAUAAAUAAAGACUUUCGAUUAAAACGCGAAUAUUAUUAGUCUUAUUGGAAAAAACUACCUUUAAUUAUAUGAGAAAAAGGAGACUUUUUUAGAUAAUUUUUAGUAGUAUUCUUUAAUUUUUUUAAAAGACUUAAUUUAAUUUCAAGAUGAAAUAUAAGACAAAAAUUUUCUUUUUCAUUUUUACAUUAAAAAUUUCCUUAUCUUAAUUUGUGAAAAUAGCCAAAUUUAUAUUGCUAAUUAAAACUUCGAAGAUGAAAAUUAUUAAAAAAACAUCAAAUUUGAACUUUUAAAUGAUUCCCCAUUAUUCCUUUCUAAAAAAAAGUAAAAUAAAAUACUCUCAUAUGCCCAAUUUAAUUCAGGUUUUUUCUUAGCAUGUUAAAACCUAUAAAUUUUUGAAUAUUAAUUAAAAUAAAAUACUUUUAACUGUAUAAAUAAAAUAUCAGUAAAUAAAAUCAUAGAUAAUAGUAUAGAAGCAGAAAUUUCAUCCCUAGACAUAAAUCUCGAGCAAUCUAAACUAAUAUUUGCACUUGACAAUAAAUAAAUAUACGAAAUCCUAAUUCAAAAAGGAGAUAACAUCCUCUUUUGUAAAAAUAAACCUAUUAUAAAUCUAAUUAUACAUAAUACACAUUUCAGAAACAUAAACGGAAUCGAUAUUUGUUAUAGAAAACCAAUAAUAGCAACAUGUGGUUAAGAUAAAACACUAAAAAUAUGGGAUUACGAAAAUAAAGUUCUUGAUAAUUUAUAUAAUUUUAAUGAAGAGCCUCUUAGUGUUGCAUUGAAUCCAUAAGGAAUAUACGCAGUUGUAAGUUUUACUGAUAAAUUAAAAUUAAUAAAUCUUAAUAUAAAUACUUAAAAUUCAAAAAAUAAUUCUUUUAAGGAAAUUUCUCCUUUUAAAAGUUGCAGAUUAAUCCAAUUUUCUAAUGGUGGUUAAUAUUUUGCCGCUGUGAACAUUUUUUCACAAAAUCAUAUAAUUUAAAUAUUUAAUUUCUAUACAGGAGAAGGUCCUCCUCAUCUAACCCUCAAAGGACAUACAGGUAGAGUGAAAUCUAUUGCCUGGUCAUCCGAUGAUACAAAAAUAGCCUCUUGUGGAUUAGAUGGGAUGAUAUAUGCCUGGAAUCUAGACAAAGAUGCCUAUUAUUUACUCAAUGGAGUUCCCAAAUUAAUUGAAAUUCACUACAAAGGAGUUAAUUUUUAUUCUAUUUCUAUCACAAACGACAAUAAGCAAAUAAUCGCGUGCGGAAGUGACAAGAAAAUUCAUUUAAUAUAAAUGAAUUAAAAUUUAAUUAUAGAGAAAGUGGAGAAAAAAGACGUUGGAAUAAACAUAAAUUCCCUAAAAUUUACAAAUACUAACAAGUUGCUUUUUGCGGGAAUCUCUGAUGAAAAUUAAUUUUCUGGAAUACUAAGAAUAUUUUCCUUUCCACUUUCUAGAGGUAAUUAUAAUGAUUAUAAUGCACACGAUAUUAAAGGAGUAGAAAAUAUUUUAAUUACAAAAGAUGAUAAAUAUAUAAUUUCAUAAGGAAAAGAUUCAUGUAUUAUGCUUUUUGAGGUCAAAGAUUAAAAUGCUAAAGAACUUAAAUAUAGGGAUUGUUACCAUAAUUUUUCGGAAGAUAUAUUAGUAAAUAAAUGUGAUUUGGAUGAACUAAAAACAACUAAAGAUUAGCUAAUUCUUUAACUUUAAGAGAUUAAAAAUUAAAGCUUUUAAGCAUCUUUUGCAUCUAAAGAUGAUCAUAUUAUACAUUUAGAGUAGCAUAUUUAAUAAGAAUAGAUUUAAAUGAAAAAUAAUAUAGAUUAAUAGUAGGGUUAAGUUAAAAAUUUAGAUGCUUAAUAUGCUAAUGAGAUUAAUUUAUUAUAAGAAAAUAUGGAAAAUGAUAUUUAAAAUAUAGAUAAUGACUUUUAAAAAUAAAUUAUGACAUUAGUUGAAUAAUAUGAACAUUAAAAAAGACUUUUAGAAAUCGAAAUAAGCUAAAAUUAAAAGCACAAAGAAAAAUUAAUUUAAUAAAACAAUAUAAAAAUAUAAGAAUUAUAAGAUAAUUAUUUAAAAAAAAUUGAAGAAUAAAAAAUAUAAAAAGAAAUAGUCGAAAAAGAAAUAUAAAAAUUAGAAAAAGAAUAAAAAGAAGUAUUGGAUUAAAUAAUUUACGAAAAAGAUAGUGAAAUAGAAAACUUAUCUGAAAAAAACAAAAAAGACGAGAAUAUAUUAACUGAAUAAUCAUUAAAAGUAAAAAGUGAAAUAUCAAUAACAAAAAAGAAAAUAAUGUAACAACAAGAUGAAUGCCAAGAAUUAAAAGAUCAAAAAUCUGAAUAUGAGAAAUAAAAAGAAAAACUAAAAAACUUAAAUGCCGAAUUAAAGGAUAAAAUAGAUAUAUAGAGAAAGCUAUUAUUCGAAAGAGACAAUAUAAUAAGCGAUAAGGAAAAAAACAUAUUAAAAUUAAAAAAAAAAGUAUAAGAUUUAGAAAAGUUUAAAUUUGUUCUUGAUUAUAAAAUUAAAGAUUUAAAAAAAGACAUUAUGCCAAGAUAAUAAGAAAUAGAAUUAAUGAAAGUCGAAAUAUUAAAUAUGGAUGAAAAGUUAAAAUCUUUAAAUAAAUAUAAUAAUUAUUUAGGGACAGUAGUAGAUGAAUUAUAUACAACAUAAGAGGCCAUGAAAGUUGAAAUUUAAUAUUAAAGAAAUAUUAUAUAUAAAUAAGAGACGAAAAUUUCGAGAUUUAAAGAUGAUGUAUACAGAGUAACUUAGAAUAUUUUAAAUAAAUAUGAAUUAGAAAAUGAAAUAGAAAAUAUGUACAAAAAAUAUAUAAAAGUAGAGGCUAAAAAAAAUGUUAUUGAAGAUAACAUAGUCAAAGAAUAUAAAUACUAAAAAUAGAAUUUAUAAAAUUUAAUUUCAAUGUUUAAAAAAAGUCUCGAAAAAGAUAAAUAAAUAAACAAAGAGGAUAAAAUAAGAUAAAUGACUAAUAACGUUUAAUUAAUUAAAGAAAUUAAUUAACUUAGAAAAAAUAUUAAAGAAUUAUAAAAAUAAAAUAUAGUAAAUUCUUCAGAAAAUAGUACUCCGUAACCUAAGACUAAAAAAAAAAACGAUUCUUUACCAUAAAUUAGUUAAUCAGUAACAAAAUUAAACGAUCCAACUCAAAUUAUUAAAAACGAAAUAUUUUAAUAAAGAAUAUAAUAUUAUAAAACUUUACAAUAAGAAGUUCUCGAAUUAAAAAAAGUAGAAGAAUCCGUUUAAAUAGAAAGAUAAAAUAUAAUGAACUAAUGA